UAUUUAACUGAAUCAAAUUAUAUUUCUAGAAUCUUAAAACUAUGAUUAUGUAAAAUCAAAUCUAAUAUAGAACUGGUCAGGUUUAAAAAUGGAUCAAAAUAUGGAAGAUAUCAGUUUAAGUGUGCCAGUGACACCUUCUGUACAAACAGCUGUGUCCAUUACAACAACAAAUGUAUCAACACCCAAGACAAAGUCACCUCGAGAGAGUUUUCACGCUUCUGAAUCGCCAGUUCUCUCUUCUAAGCUUGCUAAGAAGCAUUCACUAAAGUUGCAAAAGCAAACAUAUAAGGUUGAGAAAAAGAAAGCUGAAAACGAGUUCCAAAUGACAGUGAAUGACUCCUCCGUGAUUUUGCUUUCGGAUUGGUUGAAAGUAAGAAGUACGCUAAAGAACUGGUCACGCAUGUGGUGUGUUUUAAAACCGGGGGUAUUAGUUCUUUAUAAAAACUCAAAAGAGAAGACCUGGGUUGGCACUGUUGUGUUAACAUCUUCAGAAAUAAUUGAAAGACCUUCAAAAAAAGAUGGAUUCUGCUUUAAAAUCUACAAUGCACUGAACCAGACAAUCUGGACGAUCAAAGGUCCUAAGGGUGAAAGCCUUGGUGUUUUGUCUAGUUCAUUGCCAACUAGUUAUCUAAUUCUGCGUGCUCAAGGUGAAUCUGAUGGUCGGUGCUGGUUGGAUGCCUUGGAACUGUCUCGAAAAUGUACAAACUUGCUAAAAAAGUCAACAGAAGCUUCUAGUAAAGUGGGGAAAAGCAAACUGGAAGACAACUCCGAAGUUUUUUUGCCAGGUCGUUCAGUUUCUCUCAGUUUGGGUGAACAAACAGAGCCAAAUAAAGUACUUGAUGAUUCUUACAUUGAUCUGAUGGAUUUGCAGCAAAAACUUUCUCUUCUAGGCCAUAAUCAGCAAUCAAUUAUGCAGGAAAACAACAUUGACUGUGCAUCCUCGCAACAAAACAACAAUUCACAAAGUUUAAUGCCUCCAACUUCACUGGCUAUACUCAGUAACAACCAGGACAGUGGGGAUGAGUCAUCCGCUCCAGACAGUGUUGACUCAUAUCAAGACAUUGAUGCUGAAAUUAAAAACGCAGAUGAUCAAGAAACCAAGUAUGUGGCAGAUAAGGGCGAGGAGUUCGGAGACUCCGGUGAAAACUCCCAGACUGAAGUUCUGGCUGGAGAGAGCAAGAGUCUGGUUUGGGCUCUGCUGAAGCAGCUGAGACCUGGUAUGGAUUUGUCAAAAGUUGUUCUUCCUACCUUUAUAUUGGAGCCUCGCUCAUUUCUUGACAAGUUGUCCGAUUAUUACUACCAUGCUAAUCUGCUGUCUAAUUCGGCAAUUGAGGAGAAUCCAUAUAAUCGUAUAAAAGGAAUAACCAAAUGGUAUUUGUCUGGAUUCUAUAAAAAACCAAAAGGUCUAAAGAAACCAUAUAACCCAAUAUUGGGAGAGACCUUCAGAUGCAUGUGGGAUCAUCCAGAAACAAAUAGUUCUACUUUUUAUUUGGCAGAGCAAGUUUCUCAUCAUCCACCAGUUUCUGCCUUUGUGGUUAUUAACCGAAAGGAUGGUUUUACUGUAGACGGCAGCAUUUUGGCAAAAUCUAAGUUUUAUGGAAACUCUAUUUCAGCUGUAUUAGAAGGAACUGCGAAGGUUUCAUUGUUGAAGCAUGGCGAAGAAUACACUUUCACAAUGCCUUACGCACAUUGUAAAGGAAUCAUUUAUGGCAAGAUGACAAUGGAGUUCGGUGGAAAAGUCUGCAUACAGUGUGAGAAAACCGGGUACAGCGCUGAGUUAGAAUUCAAGCUUAAACCACUGUUUGGGGGAGGAAAGCUGAAUGAAGUUUCUGGCCGAAUUUCUCUCGGUAAAAGAGUGCUGGCAACUCUAAGUGGAUACUGGGAUGAGGAGGUUUUCCUUACAGAUUUAAGUGGUGGUACUGUUUCAAGGUUUUGGUCCCCAACAGAAGAAGUACGGAAAUCUCGCCUGAAGCGGUAUGUUGUCCCUCUUGAACAGCAGGUUGAUUUUGAGUCAGAGGGAUUGUGGAAGAAAGUGUCAUCUGCAAUUGAGAAACAAGACCAGGUACUUGCAACUGAAGAAAAGUAUGUACUUGAAGAUGCACAGCGUAAAGAAGCCAAGAAGAGAAAAGAGGAGGGGGUGGAGUGGUUAACCAAGCACUUUCAAUAUGAUGACAAGGGAGAGCAAUGGGUUUAUAAUCACAUAGAUGCCCGACCGUGGGAUGAAUUGAAUGACAUUGUGCAGUAUGAAAAGGAUGGUAAAAUUACCACUCGGACAAAACAUUGUACCUCUCCAGUAAAAACAGGUUUGCUACAGAAUGUGUCAAGGGAAAAUGCAACAGCGUCCAGCUCGUUUAGGUCAACUUUGAGUGAAGCUUCAGAACCAGGAGGUCGUUUAAACAGAAAAAUCAAGCCAACAAUGCACAUCAGCAGCCGAGAAAUAACAACAGCUAUCUCAGAGUUGUUAAUACCAAUUGCACAAAAUCAGAAAGAAAUCCUUGCAUGUUUGGAAAAAUUAAAACAGCAAAUGCAACUUGUAGCAGUGAACAGCAGAGAUAACCAUUCUCUUCCUUGGAAUACAAUAUUGAUUUGUUUCUUCAUGAGUCUCGUUUUGUAUUUCCUAAUGGGAUACCCAAUUAAUUAGUUCAACUACCAUGUAAUCAGAUGCAUACCUGAUUAAAACUGUCAAUCAACUGACUAUAAACAAUAUGUUGCUGCCACAUUUUGUGCAAAGUUAACAAUUAACUGUGUAUCUGUGUAAUAUAUAUUUAUAGAAUCGAGUGCAAACUUAAACUGCUGCAUGUGUGGGUUAGUGCAAUUUAUUAUAUAAGCUGCUGUAUUUAAAAGCCAGAUUACACAAUUUUUAUGUUUUUACUUUAUACUGUUGUCUGUUAUGAACAAAUUGGCCUCCCUGAAUAAUCCCAUACUCGUUAACAAAUGUUCAUAUUUAAAAUGUUAUUUUAAUAUACUGUUUGUGUCACUAGUAUAUGAAGUGUUGCCAAUGAUAUGCUUGGUAAUAAUUUUAACAAUAUACCGUUUUAGUUUAUUGCUUUGUAAGAGGCAAUCAUAGACUAUCCUGUUGCUUUAUUGAUUAAAUGUGUGUGUAAUUCCUGCCAUGUCACAGAUCCACACUUUAAAUGUGAAAUUUGGUUUAAAUUAUUUGUGCAAUAUCUUAUACUUGUGUUUUGCAUAGUAUUCGCCAUAAAGCUGGUCAAGACUCUAAAGUUCGAUCUUGCGUUUUAUUUUAUGAUAGGUCAGGUUUUUACAAAGUUAUAUAUUAAAACUGUUGAAUGUGAUUUAACAUUGUACCGAUAUAUUAGUUUUGAAACGUUUUUUUUACAAAAUCUGUUGUAUAGGCCUAUAUACUAUUUUAUUAUCCAAAAUUCUUCAAACAAUUUUUUAUUGUAAAAUAACUGUGAAAUAUGUAUUUAAAUGUACUUUGUUUAUAUUGUUUCUAAUGUGUGUAUACAGUACUACGUAUGAAGUGUUGGUAGAAUGGUAGAUAAGCUUUUUUUGUGUUUUUAUGUUCAACGGUGUGACAUGACUGUAGAUAACAGAUUUACGUUGUCGGUUGUGGUUGUUUUCUGGAUUGUAGUAAAUAAACACUAUUUACAAGUAG